AGUGUCUACAUAUAGGCAGACAGUACAAAACAGUCUUUUUUCUGCUUGACAAACGAAAGUAAUGAAUGUUCAACAGCUCCUUGCUCUGUUCCUGUUUUUCCUAUCAUUGUCAUCAGCACAGCGUCCUAACAUCGUCUUUAUUGUGGCAGAUGACUUAGGCUGGAAUGAUGUUGGUUUCCGGAAUCCUGACAUGAAGACCCCAAACAUCGACAGGCUGGCCACAGAAGGAAUCAUCUUCGAAAAUGCAUAUGUCCAGCCUCUGUGCAGCCCUUCCCGAACCGCCUUUAUGAGUGGAAUGUUUCCUUUCCAUGUCGGCAUGCAGCAUAGGGUACUGAUGAAUGGCCAAGCGGUGUGUGUGCCCCUCAACUAUACAUUCCUCCCCCAGGAACUGAAGGAACUCGGCUAUGCUACACACAUGAUCGGAAAAUGGCACCUGGGUUUCUGCAAGUGGGAGUGUACGCCAACGUUCCGAGGGUUUGAUACUUACUUUGGUUAUUAUAACGCGGCUGAAGACUACUUCACUCACACUGUUGGAGGGUAUCUAGACUACAGGGACAAUGAACUUCCGGCAAAAAACUAUUCUGGAGAAUAUUCUGCUUUCACAUUCGCCCAGAGAGCCGUUGACAUCAUCCAUCGACAUAAUGUAUCACAGCCGCUGUUUAUGUACCUCCCUUAUCAGAACGUGCAUGCUCCUCUUGAGGUGCCCAAGAAGUAUGAGGAUAUGUACCCGAACGUGAUUAAUGAAGGACGAAGAACGUUCAGUGGAAUGGUGUCUGCCUUGGAUGAGGCAGUGGGUAAUGUUACCCAGGCCCUUAAGGAUCUGGGCUUGUUUGAAAAUACUCUGAUUCUAUUCACCACAGAUAAUGGAGGCCCUAUUGAUGGGCAUGCCAAUAACUGGCCCCUGAGAGGAGGGAAGCACACGAUCUGGGAGGGGGGAACGAGGGGGACAUCCUUCAUGUACGGUGCUGGACUCCAGAAGAGAGGGACGACAUACGAUGGGAUGAUCCACGCUGUCGACUGGAAGCCCACCUUAGUGUCUGCUGCUGGGGGAACUCCAGAAACUAACAUUGAUGGAAUGAGUCACUGGGAUUCUAUUCGAAACGGUCUCCCCUCAUCAAGAACGGAGUUUAUCUACAACAUUGACGACUUUGAAGUUCCAGUCGAAGGACAUGCAGGAAUAAGAGUAGGAGACUACAAGCUGAUCCUGGGGUACCCUGGAGGUCCUGAUGGCUGGCACAAACCCAUGAACAGAACCCAGGAUGACAUAUAUGUAGAGAGAGUUUACACCAAAGGAGACGAACCUGUCCAGCUCUUCAACAUUCGAGUGGAUCCGACUGAGCACUACGACCUUGCACAGCAGACGCCGGACAUGGUGGCUAAGUUGCGUGCCCGAUUUGAGGAGUACAAGAAGACGAUGGUGCCAGCCAAUUUCCCCAGACAGGAUCCUGCAUCUGACCCCAGAAAGUAUGGAGACGCUUGGAGCCCCGGGUGGUGCUAAUCGUUCCAUAAUGCUAUGAUGUGUAUUUUUGAAGUACACAAUAAAGUAAAUUUGAUGCU